AUGAAAAAUCUCAAAUUGAAUAAAGACAAAAUAUUAAGUGAAAUUAACACAGACAGUUGCAGGAGGAGGGGGGGAGAGAUAGAAAGAUUAGAAGAGAAAGGAGAUGAUAAAGAGAGAGAAUGA